AUGGCACCUCCAGUACUAAGCAGUGAUGUCGUUCAGAUAAUACUCUCUCAUCUCCCAGUUAGAUACAUAUACGCUUUUCGACGAGUCAACCGGGAAUGGUACUCUGUUUUUGAACAUGCGCUAAUGCGUCAUCUUCUUGAAUGGGAAUCUCAAAUAAUUGUCAAACCUGGUGAGAAGGCGACGCAAGCAGACUCAAUCGCCCUUAAAUGCGUAGCCUAUGACCCACCAUCUGGUAUUUUUACUUUCAAACCAACCAUAAAGUCACAGCCAAUUUCAUGCGCUCCAAAGUAUUUAAAACAGCUCAAGAUUCUCUUCAAAGAGUGGGAUCAAGAAAUAGAAUCCAUAUCACAAAGAAUUCGUAGAAAUGAGCCAUGGCGAUCGGCUGAAAGCGUUGAGCCUGACUCUGAGAUGGCCCAACAUCUGCGUGAUCAUGCGCGCGCUCUUCUUGUUGGACGUUACGUUGAUUCAUCAAUGAAGGAAUACCAGAUUUACGAGAAACCUGAAGAAGAGACGGUAACUUAUCUAGGCGAUGAGGAUAUGAUAUUGAAGUGCUACACAAGACCAGUAGAAGCAAUGUUGUUAAGACAAAGUCCCGAAAAGACGGUGGCAUUAGAGAUCGAGUAUAUUAAAGUUCGUUCUUCCUGGAUUGUUUCUGGCACAUCCAACCAGAACGCUGCGAUUCCUAGAUACCAAAUUUAUCCUGAAAGAUACACCCUAUUGAACGAGUUAACGGCUGAAGCAGGAAUAUCGGACUAUAAUCAUUACUCUUCCACGGUUCUUCAAUGGAUUACAUCCAAUCACUCAAAGCUUGACCAGGAAACGUUACAGCGUUUGAAAGAUACGAACGGUGAUUUUACAACAUGCGAGAAAUUAGCGAAAGAAUUGGAAGCAAGAGGAAUAACCAGAAGAUGCAUGUGGCAACACGGAUUUUCCAGAAGAUUCAUAUCUGGCCUGGAUACUUCAAUGACCUUUGAGCAAGUGCUCGAACGAAUUGUUAACUCUGAGAAACAGCUAGAGAAUCGGGAUACUAAUCAGACACCAGUAGUGACAAUUAAACCACCAGCCAAGUUUUUCGAUUGGAAGUUUGGGAAAUCUUCUUAG